CGCAAAUUCAAGUUGGUGACCUAGGAACUUUUGUCAUUGAUUGGCGACCCUUUCGGGAGGCGGGAGAGUUACUCUUUUUAAUAAGAGUCACUAUUUGGCGAUUUUCUUGUCAGAUAAAUAAAGUUAUUCUCCACACACAUUCAUGCCGUGCAUUUUUUGCAACGAUUUUAUGUCUUUUAUGUGUAAAAUAAAAAAAAUUGACACUUGUAUGAUUUUUUUUUUAAUUUUUUUCCUAAUUAUUAGAGAAACGAUACGAAAUAAUAAAUAAUACGGUAGAUACAUGUCUCGUUUGCAAUUACAAUAAUUAAUAAACGCAAAUAAUGCAAACGUUAUCUGUUUCCGAUCGUUUGAAACCUCAAAUUCCACAUAAUUGGACCGAAUAACCCGCUUCCUUCCAUUCACCCUAGCCAUGCCUUCGGCAACAUUAGCUCUACUUUUCCUCCUCCACGGCGUUUUAAGCGUCGAUUUUAUGGUGACAAACUACACCGUGGACAUGGAGGCUGGUUAUCUGUGCCCAGAAAACGACCAACUGGAAAUACCCAUGAAACUGUUCCGUGUGGACCGAAUCAAUCGCACCCAUCGCGCCAUGACCAUGGAAUUCUCGUACGCCCAUCCCUUGGACGACACCGCCGAAGGCGUCCAUGUGGUCGAGCGCUGGAUCGCCGGCGGUUGGAAACGCUUUCCCAUGUGGUCAUGGCAGAAAGACCCAUGCAAUUUCCAGCUACAGCACGAGAAAAACGGGCAUAUAAGGUUCGGGAAGGCCAUGGGGUUGAAACACCCAGAGCGGUGCCCCAUUCCGGCUGGGAAUUAUUCAGUGGUCAGGUUUCCCUUUCAGUUGAAGUAUGAUUAUCCCUUCUGGCCGGGGAGGAUUAGGACUAUUGCCAUGUCAAGGAGGAUUGCGACAAAACAGUUGAUUUUUUGUGUGAUGACUAUUUUAAAUGUUGUUGAGAGGGUUUAACUAGUUACACAAUAAAGUAAUAGAUAAAG